AUGGCACCCGACCGCUCUCCCGAAUCCGCUGCUGAACGAGCGCUGAAUCGGCUCCAUCACCAAGACUUUGUGGCUCUGCGCCGUGCAGCUGCCCAGCUCAGUGUCCUGAGCAAGGACAAGAAAGCAGAUGUCGUGUUUCGGACACGUCUGGUCUCGAUGCAUGGCACCCUCAAUAUCUAUCUCAGCUCCGCGUUUAACUACACCUGGCGCCAGGCUUCAACUCUCAUCGCCCAUUCGCAGGGCCUUGGGAAUCAUCAUGCCCGUCGCAUCCGCGACUGGCUUCACACCUUUCUGUCAACUCAAAAGCUACCGGUGCACAUUAUUGGUGUAAAUGACGGCGACUCCCUUUUGGAUGACGAAGACUUUGCACUUGCAAUUAAAUUGCACCUGCAGACAGUUUGCGCGAAGAACAAGCACUUCCGAGCUCAAGAUAUCGUCGAUUUUGUGGCGUCUGCAGAAAUGCAGGAACGACUGGAGACGGCGGGCAUUCAAAAGAGAUCGAUUUCUGUCCGCACCGCUCGACAUUGGCUUAAGCGGAUGGAUUGGCGGUUUGGAGCUCGGAAAAAUGGGAUGUAUGUUGAUGGACAUGAGCGCGAGGAUGUGGUGGCAUAUCGAGCCGCAUUUGUGAAGCGAUGGAUGGAGGAGUAUGAGCCGAGAAUCAUCACCUACGACAACGAUGGCAAGGAGGCAACACGACCGAAUGGUGACGCCUUCAAGCUGACAGGAAAGUACAUCGGACAAAGGCUCCAACUCAUUCCCGUCACGCAUGAUGAGUCGACUUUCUACAAGAAUGACCGUCGCAAGGUUGGAUGGAUCAACACCCUGGUUAAGCCGACACCAGAAGCAAAGGGCGAAGGGGACUCAAUAAUGGUUUCCGACUUUCUAGUUGCGCACUGGGGCCGUCUUCGAUUGGAUGAGUGCGUGAUGCCUUCCUGCUUCACUUUUUUUGACAUUUUACAGCUGGGAGGUGUUGAAGUAUCGGGUAGCGAACCCGAGUAUCGCCGGCCGGAUGACAUCAGCGCCGGACCGAGGCUCCGCAUCGGGAAUGUUCUCUAA